ACAAAGCAUACGUGCGCAUACCCGUGGACCUGUAUCCUGAGACCCUCAAGUACCUUGGCUCAGCUGGAGUGGCUCAGCUAUCUCUAACUUGCUGUUCGUCACAUUCGAUCAACCGACUCUUCGGCUUUCUAUUCACACCAACGCCGAGCAACUGGAUUGCUGGAUUUGUUUUUUUAUUCAUAUUCUUUUCAAAUAAUAAUAAUCUUUCCCCGCCAUCCUGAACUUCUUAUUCCCGUUUUUUAUACCAUUUUUCCCACGCUUUUAGAUCUGUUUUUAGCCCCGGCUGGCCACGCACGACUUACGAAUCCGUUCCACUGUACUUGAUACAUCCCUCGCCUCCUUCGCCUCCGACGGCUGUACAUAUAACUAAACAAUCCAGGCGCCCACCGAGAGAAGUCACAUUCGAUGUUCAGGUUAUAGCAUCUGGUGCUGUUAUUGUAAGCUUCGGACUGGUGUGGUAAAAAUUAUCUCAACCGUCUUCAAUCUUCACUAUGAAAUCGACAAUAGUGUUUGCCCUUGUGGCAAGUGUCUCGGCUAUUCCGACAAAUGCACGUAAUUUGCAGAGUAGUAGCAGUCAUCCAAAAGUUGUAAGCUUGGCUACAGAACGGAAGACUAUAUCAGAUCCAGUAAGACGAGACCGUUUACGGCGGAGAGAUGGCACUUUUAGAGCAGAAUUAGACAAUGAGACACUAUACUUCGUGAAUGGCACCCUAGGAACGCCGGCGCAGUCGAUACGUAUGCACCUGGACACGGGUAGCAGUGAUCUCUGGGUGAAUACUGAUUCCUCAUCCCUCUGCUCUCAGAGGUCGAACCCUUGCUCUUUCGCGGGAACCUAUAACGCCAACUCUUCUUCCACUUACGAAUAUGUGGGAAGCUGGUUCAACAUUUCUUACGUUGAUGGCUCUGGGGCCAGCGGAGACUAUGUCACCGACACGAUCAAAAUCGGUGGCUUGUCGCUAGAGAAGUUCCAGUUCGGAAUUGGGUAUCAAAGUACUUCCGAGCAAGGUAUCCUCGGCAUUGGAUAUCCCGUCAACGAGGUGCAAGUCGGCCGGGCUGGAAUGGAUCCGUAUGACAAUCUUCCGAAGAAGAUGGUGACAGCUGGACAAAUCGAAAGAAAUGCUUAUAGUCUUUGGCUGAACGAUUUGGAUUCGAAUAGAGGUAGCAUUCUGUUUGGAGGAGUCGAUACGGCGCAAUACACAGGAAGUCUCCAGACGCUUCCCAUCCAAUCCAAUGGCGGUAUUUUCUCCGAGUUCUUGAUUACUUUGACCUCUCUAUCAGUGGGGAACAACACUAUCGCCGAUAACCAGGCCCUUGCUGUCUUGCUAGACUCGGGCUCCUCGCUUACCUAUCUACCUGAUAGCAUGGUCGGGGCCAUCUACGAUGCGGUUAACGCGCAGUACGACGCGAGCGAAGGCGCGGCGUACGUACCAUGCUCCCUAGAGACCCAAACGGACACGAUCGACUUCGUCUUUUCAGGACCGAAGAUUUCGGUAGAAAUGAACGAACUGGUGCUGGAUCUGGUGACGACAACGGGACAACGCCCUACAUUCUCCAACGGCGUGGAGGCAUGCCUGUUUGGCAUUGCCCCAGCCGGUUCGGGAACCAACGUUUUGGGCGACACCUUCCUCCGAUCAGCUUAUGUCGUUUACGAUCUCGACAAUAAUGAGAUCUCGAUCGCACAGACCAACUUCAACACAACCGAGUCAAAUGUCCAACAAAUCACUAGCGGCACCGGCAUUCCUGAUGCCACGGCAGUUGCCAACGCUGUUCAAGCGACAGAGGGUGUCGUACGAGGCAGUGGUAACGGAGGCAUCGGCUUGGGCGAUAGUAGGGGUGGCGCUGCAAUGACGAGUGCUUCCGUUUCAGUGGCGAUCCUAUUCCUGUCCUUCGGGGUGGCCACGCUAGCUACGAUACUAUAGGUAUACCGAGAUUAUACCCAUGAUUGUUCUGAUCCGGAUUAUUAGAUGGCAUAAGCAUUGCAGGGCGUUAGGGUGCAUAUACGU